CAGAGUUUCCUGUCCACCAUCUUUGUCCCUGGCAAAGUGGGUUUUGCGCAGUGGCUUAGACCUGGAGAAGGAGUCGUGACGUGCAGGAAACCAUUACAACACCCCUCGGGCCGUGCUCUCUGGCUGCCGCCGCCACCCCCGCCCUUGCCUCCGGUGCACAUUAAAGAUCCAAAACCAUGACUGACUCCAAGUACUUCACAACCAAUAAAAAAGGAGAAAUCUUUGAAUUAAAGGCUGAACUCAACAACGAAAAGAAAGAAAAGAGGAAGGAGGCUGUGAAGAAAGUGAUUGCUGCCAUGACUGUGGGGAAGGACGUUAGUUCUCUCUUUCCAGAUGUAGUGAACUGUAUGCAAACCGACAACUUAGAAUUAAAGAAGCUUGUUUAUCUCUAUUUGAUGAACUACGCCAAGAGUCAGCCAGACAUGGCCAUCAUGGCUGUCAACAGCUUUGUGAAGGACUGUGAAGAUCCCAAUCCUCUGAUUCGAGCCUUGGCAGUCAGGACCAUGGGGUGCAUCCGGGUGGACAAGAUUACAGAAUAUCUCUGUGAGCCUCUCCGCAAGUGCUUGAAGGAUGAAGAUCCCUAUGUUCGGAAAACAGCAGCAGUCUGUGUGGCAAAACUCCAUGAUAUCAAUGCCCAAAUGGUAGAAGAUCAGGGAUUUCUGGAUUCUCUGCGGGAUCUCAUAGCAGAUUCAAAUCCAAUGGUGGUGGCUAAUGCUGUAGCAGCAUUAUCUGAAAUCAGUGAAUCUCACCCAAACAGCAACCUACUCGAUCUGAACCCACAGAACAUUAACAAGCUGCUGACAGCCCUGAAUGAGUGCACUGAAUGGGGCCAGAUUUUCAUCUUGGACUGCCUGUCUAAUUACAACCCUAAAGAUGACCGGGAGGCUCAGAGCAUCUGUGAGCGUGUAACUCCCCGGCUAUCUCAUGCCAACUCAGCAGUGGUGCUUUCAGCGGUUAAAGUCCUAAUGAAGUUUCUAGAGUUGUUACCCAAGGACUCUGACUACUACAAUAUGCUGCUGAAGAAGUUGGCCCCUCCGCUUGUCACUUUGCUGUCUGGGGAGCCAGAGGUGCAGUACGUCGCCCUGAGGAAUAUCAAUCUAAUUGUCCAGAAAAGGCCUGAAAUCUUGAAGCAGGAAAUCAAAGUCUUCUUUGUGAAGUACAAUGAUCCCAUCUAUGUUAAACUAGAGAAAUUGGACAUCAUGAUUCGUUUAGCAUCCCAAGCCAACAUUGCUCAGGUUCUGGCGGAAUUAAAGGAAUACGCCACAGAGGUGGAUGUGGACUUUGUUCGCAAGGCUGUGAGGGCCAUUGGACGGUGUGCCAUCAAAGUGGAGCAAUCUGCAGAGCGCUGUGUGAGCACAUUGCUUGAUCUCAUCCAGACCAAAGUAAAUUAUGUGGUCCAAGAGGCAAUUGUUGUCAUCAGGGACAUCUUUCGCAAGUACCCCAACAAGUAUGAAAGUAUCAUUGCCACUCUGUGUGAGAACUUAGACUCUCUGGAUGAACCGGAUGCUCGAGCAGCUAUGAUUUGGAUUGUGGGAGAAUAUGCUGAGAGAAUUGACAAUGCAGAUGAGUUAUUAGAGAGCUUCCUGGAGGGUUUUCAUGAUGAAAGCACCCAGGUGCAGCUCACUCUGCUUACUGCCAUCGUGAAGCUGUUUCUCAAGAAACCAUCAGAAACACAGGAGCUGGUACAGCAAGUCUUGAGUUUGGCAACACAGGAUUCUGAUAAUCCUGACCUUCGAGACCGGGGCUAUAUUUAUUGGCGCCUUCUCUCAACGGACCCUGUCACAGCCAAAGAAGUAGUCUUGUCUGAGAAGCCACUGAUCUCCGAGGAGACAGAUCUUAUUGAGCCAACUCUGCUGGAUGAGCUCAUCUGCCACAUUGGAUCUUUGGCUUCAGUGUACCAUAAGCCUCCCAAUGCUUUUGUGGAAGGAAGUCAUGGAAUCCAUCGCAAACACUUGCCAAUACAUCAUGGGAGCACUGAUGCAGGUGACAGCCCUGUUGGCACCACCACUGCCACAAACCUGGAACAGCCUCAGGUUAUCCCCUCUCAAGGGGACCUUCUAGGAGACCUUUUAAACCUUGACCUUGGUCCCCCAGUCAAUGUGCCACAGGUGUCCUCCAUGCAGAUGGGAGCAGUGGAUCUCUUGGGAGGAGGACUAGAUAGUCUGCUUGGCAGUGACCUUGGCGGGGGCAUUGGAGGAAGUCCGGCAGUGGGACAAUCCUUCAUCCCCUCAUCAGUGCCUGCAACCUUUGCUCCUUCACCUACUCCUGCUGUGGUCAGCAGUGGUCUGAAUGACCUGUUUGAACUCUCCACGGGAAUAGGCAUGGCACCUGGUGGAUAUGUGGCUCCUAAGGCUGUCUGGUUGCCUGCAGUAAAAGCUAAAGGCUUGGAGAUUUCCGGAACUUUUACUCACCGCCAAGGGCACAUCUAUAUGGAAAUGAACUUCACCAACAAAGCUCUGCAGCACAUGACAGACUUUGCAAUCCAGUUUAACAAGAAUAGCUUUGGUGUCAUCCCCAGCACUCCUCUGGCCAUCCAUACACCACUGAUGCCAAACCAGAGCAUUGAUGUCUCGCUGCCUCUCAACACCUUGGGCCCAGUCAUGAAGAUGGAGCCUCUGAAUAACCUGCAGGUGGCUGUGAAAAACAAUAUUGAUGUCUUUUACUUCAGCUGCCUCAUCCCACUCAAUGUGCUUUUUGUAGAAGAUGGCAAAAUGGAGCGCCAGGUCUUCCUUGCCACGUGGAAGGAUAUUCCCAAUGAAAAUGAACUUCAGUUUCAGAUUAAGGAAUGUCAUUUAAAUGCUGACACUGUUUCCAGCAAAUUGCAAAACAACAAUGUUUAUACGAUUGCCAAGAGGAAUGUGGAGGGGCAGGACAUGCUGUACCAGUCCCUGAAGCUCACUAAUGGUAUUUGGAUUUUGGCUGAGCUACGUAUCCAGCCAGGAAACCCAAAUUAUACGGUGAGUCCUUUCUCCAGAUAGAUGAGAUGGGUUCGAGGAGGGAGGUAAGAGCCCUUUCAUUUUUUCUUAGCACCAUGGAAAGACCUGGAGGAGGCGCUUCAAACCCCAGAUAGCCAAAACAAGCAGUCGGUAAAGAAGUGCCGGUUACCUCCUUGGAAGAACUUCUGUAAGGAGCACUGCGGACUUCCCCGGGUGUGUGCUGCCUGACAUUUCUGUGCGUGUGGUGCUCUAACAAGCUGCUGAGAGGGUUGUCUCUAGGCCCAUUUCAAGAAGGCCGCCUUUCCUGCUUGUAGAGUUCAUGACCUAAGGCUCUCAGAGUCCUAGACACAUGAGCCUUUCUUUUUAGCAGCACCGUAUGCCCCAAAGACCCUGCUGAGAAAGGUGAGGCAAAACUGGGGCACACCUUUGGAAGACUGCAAGGGGGCUGUAGUUUGGAAAACUCCUUCAGGACCAUACCAGACUAAAAUUAAAAUCCUGGCACUAUUUUUAGAGCAGGAGUGAUUGCCUUGAACAACAAAGACUACACCGCAGGCACCGGACAUGUGUUUGCUGUUGCGAAGUGUGAUCUCCCAAUAGGAUGCUGCCUGUCAUCACCUGUUGUAAAAUAAAAGCCCUUGGGACGGGGACAAUAUCUUAUUCUUCCGUUAUCUUUGAAGCUUCUGUAGGCUGUUUUGAAGGGACGGAAGAGAAUACCAUUCAAUAUUGAAUAACUCUGAGGAAGCUGAACAGGAGACUUAAGGGGGCAUUUCAGCCAUUUAGCUGAGAAAAGCCUGUGACUGCAUUCCUUGAUUUUAACAGCCAAGUCUGUUUUCAUUAGCAUACAUCAAGGGAAUAGUACCACCCAGAACUGA